AUGGAGGCCAACUUAAAAGAUCUGGUCCGUACCUCUGCCAAGUUUGUUCUUGAACGAGGUGGUGUAGUACGAGGUUUUGAAAACUGGGGAGUACUUAGACUGCCAACACGAACCCGUCGACACCAAGAGUACUUUGAAGAUGGACAUUACUGGUUGAUGCAUUUUGAUUGUAAUCCCAUCGUCAUGCGUGAGCUACAAAAAAGAUUUAGUGGAGAUCCUCGCGUAAUUAGAGGUAAUUUUGUUAAAUUGGGAGAAAAGCUGGAAGAUAUUAUUUAUAGACCGGAUCAAACAUCGUAA